AUGCCUUCCUCCAACCUGCCUCGGCAGGUGCUCCGCCAGUCUCGCGCCAUUGCCCAGCGCCGCUCCGCUUCCACCACCUCCGGCGCUGCCGAGAAAGCAUCCCAGGGUGCAGCGGCAGCCAAGGAGACCGCGCAGAACACCGUCUCCAAGGCGCAACAGGGCCUCUCCAAGGUCACUAGCUCCGCUGGACCCGCCCUUAGCAAGGUCGCCUCUGCUGCUUCGAACACCGUGGCUAAUGUGGGUGGCCGGACUGGCGCUGUGAUUGGCAUGGUACAAAGUGCCAUCCCACACGUUGUAUACUAUGGCAAGGUUGCUGGCGAGCUCGGGAAGACGAUCUACAAGGGUCGUGGCAUGGCGCCUCCAACCAUGCAAACCGUCCAGGAGGCGAUCACCCCCCUCACCAAGGCGGUGCGCAACCCAGCCGGAUUCGGCUCCCAGACUGCCCAGGCCGCUGAGAAGUCCGCUGAUGCCGUGAUCCAAAACCCACAAUCUUUCUUGACACGACUAAGGAACCUCGACCACGCCACGCUCACCACCGUCGGUGUGACCACCGCAGAGGUCAUCGGAUUCUUCUCCAUCGGCGAAAUGAUUGGAAGAUUCAAGAUUGUUGGAUACAGGAGCAACGGUGCCCACGYGCACCACUAA